CAUAGAAUUUAUAUAUAUUAAUUAUAUGGUGAUUGCACUCCAAAUUAUUAUUUUGUUUUAAUAAAUGUUAUUAUCAUUUGAACAUGAGUGAUUCUAAUUCUAACAAGAGUAAUGUUAUAGAAUAUAAUUCCUAUGUUCACUUCGCAUAUCAUAUCGGGAAGUAUCUCGUUCAAAAAUGUGAAUCUGAAUCCUGUGAUGAAAAAACUCUUCUCUCCUGGUACUUGGAGAAUCCUGGGAAAUACGUACUAGACUAUUCAUAUAGCCUUGAUAAAUUAAGGGCGAUUUAUGAGAAUCUGAUGGAUAAUUUAAUAGACGAUGAAUGUGUAACUGUAAUUUCCGGCGAACCUGGCUCGAGAAUUGUUAAAAAAAAUCCAGAAUUUUUCGUAUGGGCCUGGAGAAGCCUAGCUAAAGUACAUGAACGUAAAUCUAUCAAAUAAUCGCAUCCUGCCCCUCCAAUUAUUUAUUUUAUUAUUUUACCAUUUUAAUAUAUUAAUUUUGUUCA